CUCUCUCCUGCUGCAGUCUUUGCGCCCAGAAGUCUGGCGGGGGCGGCUACAUUGUCUCUAUUGUAUUGGGCUUCCCUCCCAAUUUUUUUUAAUUUUUUUUUUUUGGGUACCUUUCACCGGAGAUUUAAAUCGCGAGCGAGCGCAAGCAUGGCUGAUGAACAGGAAAUCAUGUGCAAACUUGAAAGCAUCAAAGAGAUCAGGAAUAAGACGCUGCAGAUGGAAAAGAUCAAGGCCCGCUUGAAGGCAGAAUUCGAGGCGCUGGAGUCUGAGGAAAGGCACCUGAAGGAAUACAAGCAAGAGAUGGAUCUGUUGCUGCAGGAGAAGAUGGCCCACGUUGAGGAACUGCGGCUUAUCCAUGCUGACAUCAAUGUCAUGGAGAACACAAUCAAGCAGUCGGAGAAUGACCUCAACAAGCUUUUGGAGUCCACUCGUCGUCUGCAUGAGGAAUACAAGCCGCUCAAGGAGCACGUGGAUGCAUUGAGGAUGACUCUGGGCUUGCAGAGGUUGCCAGAUCUGUGCGAGGAGGAAGAGAAGCUUUCUCUCGAUUACUUCGAGAAGCAGAAAGCAGAAUGGCAGACAGAGCCGCAGGAACCUCCCAUCCCAGAAUCCUUGGCUGCCGCGGCCGCGGCCGCCCAACAACUGCAGGUUGCCAGGAAACAGGACACCAGGCAGGCGGCAACAUUCAGGCAACAGCCGCCUCCUAUGAAGGCUUGCUUAUCGUGCCACCAGCAAAUCCACCGGAACGCGCCCAUUUGCCCUCUGUGCAAAGCCAAGAGCCGCUCUCGGAAUCCCAAGAAGCCGAAGAGGAAGCAAGAUGAAUGAAAAGUGGAAAACCUGACGAGAAACCAACCAGACCCACCGCACACACCUCCACCUUUCCAGUAGAAUUAUAAAUGUGACCAGAGUUUAUCCAAGUGCAAAAUAUGAGUGUGACUUGAUCUUUGCUUUAGUUUAACGUGAUGUAAGCACAACACCUAGUUGGGGUUUACUUUUUGUUGAGUCUUUUGAUCUUUUUACUGUAUAGGAGGACUUAAAGAGCUGAUGGUGCUAAACCUGUAACAUGUCAAAUCAUCCUUCCUUUUGGAUUCUGCACACAAAUGGAAGACCAACUGUAAGGCAAAGACAGAAGGAAGUUCUAUACGGAGAAUGCAAAGGCUAGUCUUGAUUCAAUUAAUGAUGCACAUUUCAUCUUUUCGCAGGUUGGAAGACUUCUUGACUCAACUUUCCCAAAUUGGGUUUUCCAUUCCCCUCUGGGCUUUUAUUACUGCAGUGUUCUUGUACUUGGGCCAUGCUCUUCCACUUGAGAGCACUUGAAUAGUGCAGAUCAGUGUCUGUCUGACUUUAUAGGAUGUGUACCGUUUCCUUACCUUCUUUUUUCUCCCAGGUAUAGGCAAGGAUGUAUGUCUUAUGUGCUUUAAAAGGGAAAAAAAUGAAGUUCUGUGAUAAAGGCAUCCAAAUCUGGAACUCCCUGUGUACGUUGUUCAAUCCCCUUCCACGUGUAAACCCUGCAAAUUUGCAUUUUUCUACUGUUUCACUUAACUUUGCCGCUUGCUAGUUUUCUCAUCUUGAAGAGGGCCAAGGAACCAUGCAGGCACUUGUCUGACAUCCCAGGGGAAUGUCAAUUGACCAUCCUACCAAAGCUUCUGCAAGUAUUGCCCACUAAAGUUAAGCAUUAAUGUUUGGAAUGUUAAGGACUAGAAACUUGCUGUUUAGGGGAAAUGAAAGUUGGAGGCUCUGAAUUUUACACAUUUUUAAUGCUCCUCUAGAAACAGGAGAAACUGCCUUAUGCUGAGGUAGACAAUUUGUUCUCAUAGCACAGUGCUGUGUACUCUUACUGGCAGAAGAUGGUCGUGUUUCCCAGAUUCCUUUAAAUGAAGCUUUGAAACUUGAACCAGUGACUUUUUGCAGUAAAACCUGUACUCUUUCACUGUGGUUAAGGAUGGCACACGUGUGUUCGUACACACACACAGCCCUGGCUGCAAAAGCAUCCGCGGAGAUCCUUCUACUCAACGUUUGCUGUGUUCAUUUCUCCCUGAACUCCGAGUUCUGCCUGACAGGCAUGCGAGUUGUGGAGUCCACAUGGAUAACUUUGCUCAUUUUGCCAUGGUCCCGAAGGCCAGCUUCAAACCAACUGUCUUGCUGGAAAAAUGUGGGAGAUGUUCAAUUCAUUAAAAAAUGGCAGCUUUCCUUGCUCAUCGUGCUGCUGAUUCCAGCCAGAAGGCACUCAAUAAAAGUAGGCAAUGUGAGUGAGUAUCAAUCUUUAGGCUUGCUUUGCCUGGGCAUAGUCAAAUGAAAAGAUAGGACACAUAAAGUUCACAAAGGUUAAAGCAUACCCAUCAAUUUUUUUUAAAGUGUCUGCUUGUUUUACAAGUGUGCAGUAUUUUUUUUUCACAUGUGAGUUAGAUACUUAAAAUAUUUUUCACAUGCUAGUCUAUAGUCUUCUCCAAGCUGGUGCCUUCUGGAUAUGUUGGACUACAACUCCCAUAAUCCCCAGCCAGCAUGGCCAAUACACCUGGAAGGUACAAACCUGGGGCGACAGUAGCAUCACCUAGUCCUUAAGUAGAAGGGAAGUAAGUUGUCAGCCUUGAAAAAAGCUGAUGUAGGAAUUAAAAAAUGGUAAAAUAUCAUUCUUGGAUCAGCUAAUGUUUUAUAAUGUUGGAAACUGUUUUGUUGUUGUUGUUGUGACAAAUGUCAAGAAUACCUAUUAAAGGGGCAGUGUAUUAAAAAUCCAUUUUUAUUUA